AAUGCCGCCGCUGUGGCUGGGGAUCCGCUUGUGCUGCCAUAGAGGUGAAACGAUCUGGUGCGGCGUUGCUGUUGUGUUUCUUCAGUAUAAACAUUGAACAGAAGCGGCCGAAGCUGGCGCUUUUUCAGUGUGGAGCAACCUCGGCGAAGUGGCCUCGCGCAUGUCUAGUGCUGAUGAGCCCGCCGCGGACGGGGGACGCGCAGCGAGAGCCGGAGUGCUGGUGAUUUUAGCUGUUAAUAUGUGAUAUUUUAGCUUGAGCGGUAUCUCGAAAAUACCAUGCUGAAGUUCUUCAGUAAGCGACAUAAGGGUCGCGCAGCUCAGCGCCUGGAUGCCAAUGGUCUAAAUGACCAGAAUGCUGCGAAAUACAACAAGCAUGUGCUCCCCUGCAAGGUCCUGCUUUUGGAUGGGACGGACAUAUCUGUUGAACUGCCAAAAAAGGAGCUGGGCGCCGGCCUCUGUGACCAGGUGUUCUACUCGCUGGACCUCAUCGAGAAGGAUUACUUCGGCCUGCAGUUCACCGACCACAAUCACGUGCAGCACUGGUUGGACCCGACGAAACAAGUCCGGAAACAAGUCAAAAUCGGGCCGCCGUUCACGCUGCGGCUGCGGAUCAAGUUCUACUCGUCCGAGCCCAACAACCUGCGGGAGGAGCUGACCAGGUACCUGUUCUUCCUGCAGCUGAAGCAGGACCUGCUGUCGGGCCAGCUGGAGUGCCCGCAGGAGACGGCUGUGCAGCUGGCCGCCCUAUGCGUGCAGUCCGAGCUGGGCGACUACGAUCCCGAUGAGCACUCGGCGGCCACCAUCUCCGAGUUCCGCUUCGUGCCGGAGCAGACGGAGGAGAUGGAGGAAGCCGUGCUGGAGCAGUACAAGACGCUGACAGGUCAGACUCCGGCUCAGGCGGAGACCAACUUCCUGAACAUCGUCAAGUGGCUGGAGAUGUACGGCGUCGACAUGCACACCGUGCUGGGCAAGGACAUGUCGGAGUACUCGCUGGGUCUCACGCCCACCGGCAUCCUCGUGUUCGAGGGCCAACAGAAGAUCGGCCUCUUCUUCUGGCCCAAGAUCAAUCGGCUCGACUUCAAGAAGAAGAAGCUGACGCUGGUGGUGGUGGAGGACGAUGACGAGGGCCGCGAGCAGGAGCACACCUUUGUCUUCAGGCUGUACAACAAUAAGGCCGCCAAGCACCUGUGGAAGUGCGCCAUCGAGCACCAUGCUUUCUUCCGGCUGAAGGCGUCCACCAAGGCCCGAGCGCGCGCCCAGAACUUCUUCCGGAUGGGCUCUCAGGUUCCGCGUUACAGCGGCCGCACCGAGUACCAGACGACGUACCAGGGCCGGGCGCGACGCACAGUGCAGUUCGAGCGGCGGCCCAGCCGGCGCUACAGCGUGCGCGAGUCGCACAUGAUCCGCCAGCGGCUGAAGCAGGACGUCGGCAAAACGGAGCGAGCCGCGGCCGGCGGCGACGACGGCGGUCAGCAGAAACAGGCGGCCGCCGGCGCCGGCGGCGGCACACUGCCGAGGCCGGCGGCGGCCGCCGGUCAGACUAAGCAGACCAACGGCACCGGCGGCGCCCAGACGGCGCCGGCCGCCGGCGGCGGCGGUACGCUGACCAAGAUGGCCAACAGCACGGGAGGCACACUGCCGAAGCAGCUGAACACGGCUGCGGCCGCCGCGCAGAAGUCAGGCGGCGCCGAGGCGCGGCAGGCGACGCCGGCCGAGACCAGCCAGCUGGACGCCCUCAUCUCGAGUCUGCAGCGUGAGGGCGAGGCCGCGCCGACACUGGCAGACGCCACCGACGGCUCGCCGGCCGGCACCGGCGCUACAGCGCACGUGCCGCGAGCGAAGGUCGCCGGGCUCCGCGGCACCAGACGCCUGUAG